UCACUACUUUGGGAACAGAGGGAGAAGAAACCCUAGUCUCCAUAGACCAAUUAUCGAAGAUUCGGAGAAGAAGAUACAGAAAAUACGCUUGAGGGUUCUAUUCUCUCAGGGGACAGAGAUGAGGCUUCUAACUCACAACAUGCUAUCCUCCAACAUCAAGGGUGUGACUAAUGGCUUUCCUCUGCGCAUCGAAGUAGAGAAAAUGGUUGAAAAGCAAGUAGACUUCAAUGCUGACUUCCUUAAGAACAUGUUCGCAAAAAUUGAGUGGAAGGCCCUCUUUGAUGCAGCCCAAACCAUGGGCUACACAGAUCUCCCUGCAGAGGCUGAGUCAUCCAUGCUUGAUUCUGAUGAGUUCCUGAAGAAGUUUCACCAUGCCCUCCUUGAGCUCCACCUCGAAGAGGGUGCCCUAAUCUGCCCUGAAACUGGCCGACGUUUUCCUGUCAACAAGGGUAUCCCCAAUAUGCUCCUUCAUGAAGAUGAGGUCUGAGUGAGGUCCAUUUCAAUAUCGCUUUUGCCGUCAUCUGUCUGUUUGAAGUGAAGAUUAGGAAUUUUUAUGAAAGGGUUUAAGAGGAAGUUACAUAUUAGGCUCUUUUGGCCCAAGUAUUUUGUGUUAACUGUAAAAGGAAGAAAUGGAGUAGCUUCUUUGCUCUAACAUGGAAGAUAUCUCCUGACUGAUUGGGUCAGAGGAUGCUUGAAACAGGAAGAAUAUACAUAUAUGAUUUGAGGGAUUUCAGGGGAGUUUUUGCUUAA